GUGGAAAGGAUUUGAACGGAGCAGGCUAGAGGGAAGCAAUAGGGCGGCGCGAUGUCGAACAAACUCAUCAGCCAGAUGGGUCUUCCCUCUUCCCUAGCGAACGUCUUCUCGGCUCGAAACAUCUUAACCGCCAAGGACGCCCUCUCACUGCCGGAGUUCGACCUGAUGGCGCUUCUGGACGUCGAUCGCGACCAGGUCAGGACCGCUGUCGCACGCAUAAGCGAAAUCGCCUGCCCUCCCUGCCGAACGGCUCUAUCGCUCAUGGAGGACCGCGCGCUGACCGGGGGCUACCUCCCUACGCGUCUUCUUGGGCUCGACCGCGCUCUUCGCGGCGGAAUUCCGUUUGGUGCUCUCACGGAGUUGGUCGGUCCAUCAGGAAUUGGCAAGACCCAGUUUUGCUUAAAGCUGGCUCUGUUGGCAGCCUUGCCAUCUAGCUAUGGAGGAUUAAAUGGCCGAGUAAUUUAUAUGGAUACUGAAUCUAAAUUUCAUUCUACCAGGUUGAUAGAAAUUGGUAGAAGUAGUUUUCCUCACAUAUUUAAUUCAGAGGGAAUGGCUCAAGAGAUGGCUGGAAGGAUCAUAGUUUUGCGACCUGCAUCAUUAGAUGAAUUGACUGAGAGUUUGCAACAGAUUCAGCUGAUUAUUCUCCAACAUGAUGUAAAGUUGUUGAUUGUUGAUAGCAUGGCUGCAAUUCUUGUGGGAGAGAAUGAAAGGAGCACAACUGGACAGAAGCAACAUUCAUGCCAUUUGCCACUUUCAUUUCUCAAGUCCCUUGCUGAAUUUUCACAAAUUCCUAUUGUGGUGACAAACCAGGUGCGGAGUCAGAAUAAUUAUGAAGUUGUUCACUAUCCAUUCCAAGGUAAUACGGAUAGGACAAGCUGCAUGCUUGAAAAGCUAGAGUCUCACUUAAUUGCUUCUUUAGGGAUCCAAUGGGCUCAUGCUGUAACCAUCCGUCUCAUAUUUGAGGCUCACUCUGGUCAGAGGUUUAUUAAGAUUUCAAAAUCUCCCACAUCCCCGGCAAUAGCAUUUCCGUUCCUUGUGAAGUCCUCUGGAAUUGCAUUGCUAAGUGAUGAAGGUCUAGAAGUUACAGGCUCGGAGAUGAGCACAAUACGAUGUGAAGGCCUAAACGUUCUUGUUGAGGGAGCUGAACCAUUCCCUCAUCUUGGAUGCUAAUCAAUGGUAUGUUUCUUUUGCACUUAGCAUCCAGAAUUUUUUGUUCUGCCAGGUUCGUUUGAAAGAUGCACUUGCUUGGUUCCCUGUGGUGGUUCUAUAUUUUGUGUUCUUAUGUUGUGUUGUUUGUUUAUUGGGAUUGACUCCCAAAAAUUCUUCAAAAUGGGCAUUUCUAAACAUAUAGCUAGCUUGUAUAAUGGAAUUGCUGCAUCAUGAGUAAGAAUAUGCUCUUCAUUUUGUCUUGAAAAUAUUUUGAAAGACA